AUGGUUACGGGCAGCAACCGGCACCACCUCAUCGACACAGGACGGGCAUCUACUGCUGAACAAAAGGCCAAACAUGUGCAAGAAGAGCUCAAGUGCCAGAGGCAGAACGCCGAGAGCAGCAGAGUGCAGCAUCAGCAGCGCACCAAAGAGCUGGAGAAGCAGCACCAGCGAGACCUGCAGGAGUUUCAGAAGGAGAGGCAGUUUAUGGAGAGGCAACACCAGCAGGACAUAAACAAACUCAAUCAAGAGCUGUCGCAGGCCCGAGCGCAGCACAACGUCCUGCAGGCGCAACUGGAGAAGCGCACUCCCCUCUUGCUCACCCACCACUGCGGUCAGUUUGUUCCCAGUGGAAAUGUUAAGCGACAAAGGAGUCUGUACAUAAACAAAGUUUGCCAAAAGAAAGAGGCACAAGCACAAGCAAAAAUUGUGGAAGCUUCUCGAGAGGCAGAAGCCUUGACUGCGAGCCUCAAGCAGAGUCAGAAAAAGGAAAAAUCCCUUGAGGACGACGGGAGGAGGCUUACAGAGGAGAGGGACCACGCCCGCUGUUUACUCAGGGAACUGCAGGAGCAAAAGGCUGCCAUCACUCCUAUACAACCACUACAGAUCUGUGCUCCUGUUCAGACUUUCUCUAAUGCCUCAUUGUACCAAACACGAAAGCCCAGCCCCACUCACACAGCUAAGCAAAAGGGAGAGGAGGUUAACAGACCGUUGGAAAUCAAAGUGCCUUAUCCCACUGACCGAGAGCCAGGAGAAGGCAUCGACUCUGAACACUUAAGUGACAAUCUCUUCAUAAAAUCAGAGGAUUUACAGAGGGAGGAAUGUGAAUCACAAACAAAAAGAGAGGAUGUUUUUGAAGACGUACAAAGACACAGCUCACAAACUAUUUCUCAAGGUUCACCCUCUAAGCAGAAGAAUCUGCUGGCAGAGAAUGCAGCGUUGCACUCUGAGCUGAAAGACACUCAAGAAGAACUGCAGAAAAGACUAGACGAUCUGGAAACUCAGAGACGAGCGGAGACAGAAGCACGAACCAGACUCAAGCUACUGAGCCGGAAAAAUGCCAGCCAGGUCACGGAGAAAGAGGAGCAAUACAAGGAGUGCAAGUCACAGCUGGAGAAGGAGAGGUCUGAGGUGGAAAGGUUGAAGAAGGCCUUGGCUGCAUCAGAGACAUUGACAACAAGAGAGGGAGAAAAGUGUGAUGAGAACAACACUGUGCUUCAGGAUAAAGCCGAUGAAAUGAUAGAGCUGAACAUGGAGUUGAAGAAGCAGCUGUCGGAGGUAAAGGCUCAGCUGGUUUUAGAACGAGAAGAGCGAAAACAACACAAGGCUGAAAUUAUGAACAAAGAAAGUGCAGACAUGGAGAAAAUACAAGGGCUUCAGUCUGAGAUAGAGCAGCUUAAAGCCAGUCUAAACGACAGCUCACAGAUGGUAAAGGGGCCGGGUGCGACCAACAGCCCUGUGACCUACCUGUGCCUCCGAGAGGACGAGGACUCUGAUGCUGUGGACAACAAACCAGAGACACUCUCCUCCUGCAUGGGGAAUAGUCAGCAAAAUGCAAUGUCUCUGUCACAAGUGCUCUCUCUGCAAAAACAAAACUCAUUGGAGAAAGAGCGUGCACACGAGUACCAGAUAAAACUGGAAAUCUUACAAAACCAGGUUACGCAACAGACCCAGCAGCUGACAAUGGCUUUUGAAAUGCAAAGCAAACACAUUUCUGGUCUUUUAACUCUGAAGGAGCAGAUGCCUACAGUCUUGUGUGACGUCAGUGUUCAGACAUGCACUGAGGCUCAGCAGAGCGGCAAAGAACCAGGCUCCCAACAACUGGAUCAAAUCAGCCAUCUACAGCAACAGGUAGUGGCGCUGCAGGCAAAGCUCCAGGUUCUCUGUGAGGAGAACCAGCAGAAGACUGAGGAGCUGGCUGUGUGGAGACUGUGCUCUGAGCCGUGUGCUCUCACAGAGUCUCAGCCUGUGACUCUGCUGCGGGAGGAUGAGAUACUGCUGUCCUGCUCCUCCAACAAACUACAAGGACGCACUCUGUUCUCCAGAUUCCAAACAAAUCAAAUCUCGGAAAUGAAAGCUCUUCAUCCAUUCUCAAUUCUGCAAGAACACAACAAGAACAACUCUCAGUCUGACAAAGAGAACACUGCUCCAGCUCCAGAGAACCAAAGGGACGAUGGCAAAAGCCUCUGCAGAGGUUUGGAGCCGUUUGAAGAUCGGGUGAAGUCUGUCGGCUCUCAGACUGAGCCUGAACUCCAGCCGCACGCUCAGGAGGAAGUGACUGAACUUGAGAAGGAGCCUGCGUCUGCUGCAGCUGCAGUCCACUGCUCAAAGGACGCCAUCUCCACAGCUGCGUUCCCGAUCUCAGCCGACCCAGCGACGCUAGCGGAGCGCAUCAGACGAAGCCGAGCUCAGCUGUCUGCCGCCUUCGACGACACGGAGUACGAACCCUAUGGUCUGCCGGAGGUAGUCAUGAAAGGAUUCGCAGACAUCCCCACCGGUCCUUCCUGUCCAUACAUUGUGAGACGAGGUUUACUUGGAACGGCUGCAGUACCAGUCUUCCCGAAAAACAUGACCGACGCAGAAGAAACAGACUAA